GGUUCCGGAAUUCAAGAUGGAGUCGCUGAGUCGAGCAGGGCAAGAGAUGAGCCUAGCGGCCUUGAAGCAGCACGACCCCUACAUCACCAGCAUCGCAGACCUCACGGGCCAGGUCGCACUGUACACCUUCUGCCCCAAGGCCAACCAGUGGGAGAAGACUGAUAUAGAAGGGACCUUAUUUGUAUAUCGAAGGUCAGCUUCACCUUACCAUGGUUUUACCAUUGUGAAUCGACUGAAUAUGCACAAUCUAGUUGAACCAGUGAAUAAAGACUUGGAAUUUCAGCUCCAUGAACCAUUUCUACUAUAUAGAAAUGCAAGCUUGUCAAUAUACAGUAUCUGGUUUUAUGACAAGAAUGACUGUCACCGCAUAGCCAAACUCAUGGCCGACGUGGUAGAAGAAGAGACACGGCGGUCCCAGCAAGCAGCUCGGGAUAAGCAGAGUCCCAGCCAGGCCAACGGCUGCAGUGACCACAGGCCCAUCGACAUCCUGGAGAUGCUAAGCAGAGCCAAGGAUGAGUAUGAGAGGAAUCAGAUGGGCAAUUCAAAUAUCUCCAGUCCUGGGUUACAGCCAAGUACUCAGAUCUCCAAUCUGGGAAGCACCGAGACUCUAGAAGAGACGCCAUCCGGGUCCCAAGAUAAGUCUGCUCCGUCUGGACACAAACAUCUGACAGUGGAAGAAUUAUUUGGAACCUCUUUGCCAAAGGAACAGCCAACAGUUUUUGGUCUGGAUUCAGAAGAAGUGGAGAAGCUGCCAGGAGAUGCCUCCCAGAAAGAGCCCAGCUCGUUCCUACCAUUUUCCUUUGAGCCAGGAGGGGCCCCUCAGUCGGAAAACCUGGGUGUCCAUCCUGCUGCCCACCACUCAGUCCAGCCUGAAGUCACCACCCCGGUGCUAAUCACUCCUGCCUCCAUCACACAGUCCAGCGAAAAGCAGGCCCCAAGCUAUACGAUCCCGUUGCACCCUGUGCUUAGUCCUACUCUACCAGCAGAAGCUUCUACUGGACAGGCUCCCCCAAGCCUACCCCGAAACACCACCAUGAUGCAAGCAGUGAAGACCACACCUAGACAGAGGUCUCCACUUCUGAGUCAGCCAGUCCCUGAGCUGAGCCACACCAGUCUGACUGCCAGCCAGAGCCCAUUCAGGGCCCCGCUGAGUGUGACAAACACAGCCGGUACAUCCCUCCCAAGCGUUGAUCUUCUCCAGAAACUCAGGUUGACCCCACAGCAUGACCAAAUACAGACACAGUCACUUGGGAAAGGUGCAGUGGCACCCAGCUUUUCUGCAGCAGCUGGCCAGCUGGCCACGCCUGAGAGCUUCAUAGAGCCUCCCACGAAGACAGCAGCAGCGAGAGCCUCAGCCUCCCUGAGCAACAUGGUGCUUGCUCCCCUUCAGUCUAUGCAGCAAAACCAGGAUCCUGAAGUUUUUGCCCAGCCUAUGAUGUUAUCCAGUGCCAUCCCGGUGGCAGGCCCCCCACUGGUUCCUGCAACAACUUCGGCAGUGUCCUCAGUCCUGCUGUCCCCAAGUGUUUUCCAGCAGACAGUUACAAGGUCCUCAGACCUUGAGAGGAAAGCAAGCUCCCCUUCUCCUCUCACUGUUGGAACAUCAGAAAAUCAAAGAAAGCCUUCCAUUAUCCUCAGCAAGUCUCAGCUCCAGGAUACAUUAAUACAUCUAAUUAAGAAUGAUUCCAGCUUCCUUAGUACGCUUCAUGAAGUCUACUUGCAGGUUCUGACCAAGAACAAAGACAGCCACAACCUAUGACUGGAGCAGAGUCGAUCCAAAGGCAGAAUGGCGACCUCAGAAACAAUAGGCCUCAUCAUGGAAACUUCUAAACAGAACAUUGAGUUUUGAGAAUCCUGAAAUUGAGCCUAUGAGAAAGAGACUCAUUCCUUAAGAAUGUUUUCCAAGUGACGUUCCCAGUGAUAAUGGAGGUUUCACUGUGAAGCAUCACCAGCAGACCUUUGUUUUGACAAAAAAAAAAAAAAAAAAAAAAAAAAAAGACCAUUGUGUUGAGUUGUGUGGGUGUUUUCAUCAGAUCUAAGCAAGUUUGUGAAAUAAGGAAUCUGAUUUUCAACUCACUUUCACGUUCAAGGUCUUAGGGAAAAGGGGUCACCAGCCUUGCAGCAGUCAGAGUUCAGCCCAGUCUGCACCCCUCUCCCCUCCACUCCCCCCUGAAAACUUGAGCAUUGGGCUGGUAGUCAAGUUCAGAACAGAGCAGAAGUCAGCUCUGUGCAAAGUAGCUUCGUGUUUUAAGGGUCAGAGUUUAAGCUGGCAAAUUAGGACUGAUUUGUUCAAGUGAAGUAUGUUUUAUAUGAAUGCCUCACUUGGGCCUUAAAAGUUCUGAAAUUUCUUAAUUGUGUUUUGUUUUUAAGUGUCCCCAGUGCUGCCAUGUGGCAGGCUCCCAGUGUGGGGAUACAUUGGAAUCAGGCCCUGCAGGCCCUGUCAUGGUAUGGGAGCAGGCGUGGCACAUCUUUGAAAUAAAGGCUGGGACUGGUAAGGCCCGAAUUCUAUCAGAAAUCUUCACUUUAAGUUACUCUCCAGUGGUUUUGAAAAUGUUACAUUUGUGUGUGAAUCAUAGCCUUAUUUUCCUUUUCUGUCUAAACACAGUGAGAAGUCAUUGUUAAUUGUUUUCCUUAACACUUUGACAAAAGGACCAGUGGACCAAUCUGACAAAGCCAUUCUGGUUCCAUUCCUCAAGUCUACUGAGAAUAGUUUUAAAGCUAUGCAGAAAAGGGAGCUGUUAUUCACACUGCCCUUACUUUAUUAUAGAAUAUGGAGUUAAAAACAAAGUGUGAAAUUCAGAACUUUACCAAUGUAUUCCUAGGCUGUGAGUACUUUUGCAGCCCGAAGUGUGAAAAUAUGUAAAGAUGCUUUGUUAUGCUGCUAUUGAUCUGCCAUGAUUUAUAUUUAUUCUUUUAUGGCAUGUAAUGGUGAUUAGUAAUAUUUUAAUGUAGAUUUUGAUUUAUUUCAGCAAUAGUAAUUUUAAGAUAUUCUUUGAAUGAAAAUGUCUUCGUUUCUAUGAUACAGGUCAUUUUGUAGUAUUUAACCAAUUAAGAUGCACUGCUUACUUUUCUGAGCACUAUUUAAUGAUGGGGUAAAACCCAAUUGGCUCAACCAGCUAGCAUAAGGAUUAGCUGUGAAUAAUGCUGACAGAUGUAAUGGUUCCUCGGGAACAAUCAUUUAAGCUUUAAUGGUAACUCAAUCAUAAGUCCACAGAUUUUUUUUUUU